GUGCCUAUAUACCGGUUUGGAAAAGCAUGUGUCAAGCAAUCAAAUUAAAUAGCUUUCAAAUUAAACAAUAAUUGUUGUUUUGACACUUUCUACUUAUAAGUCACAUAAGAAGAAGAAAGUAAAUAAAAGUUAAUGAAAAUUAGUAAUAUACUAAAUAAUGAAAUCCGUACAACAUAUAACGACAGAUGAUUCUGACAAAAUAAAAUGUCUUAUUAAGAACCUAAUAACUCAAAAACAGAAUAGCAAACAAUUAAUAAAGGAUUGUUUAUAUCAAUUAAAUAAAUCAAAUCAGAUAUCAUUAUUCGCUUCUGAUAGUACUUCAGUAAAGCUUUUGGUUAACCAAUUAUGUACUUCUGUACAACCUACUGAUGCGGACUUGGUUAAACCUACCUCUGAAUACUUGACAUCUUUAAUGAAACAAGGUGUUACAUUUCAAGAUCAAACAUUGCUGAUGUGCAAACGAUGGCUUUUAGAGACUCUGGAAUUUUCAGAAGCAGAUUCGCAAAUCGCUGUUCUGAUUGCUUUACAAACUUUCUUUUCAACUUGUGCAUACAGUCUCUAUUUUCAGGAUUUAAGGAAGUUGAUAGGUGAAAAUUCUCUUCUUUGUCGUUUUCUUUACAAUUCAGAUCAUCAAAGUAAUGAAUUGACUUUUUAUGCAUUGUGUUGCUUAGAAGCAUUAUUAAUUAAUACAGAAAGAAAACAGAUCACAGCAUCAACCGACUUCUUAUCCAAUGUCAAAGAAAUUGUAAUGAAAAUUUUAUCAUCAUUACCUACCGAAAAUAAUGAGAGACAUUUUAAUAGAAAAAUCUUCACUUGUAUGCGUAUUUUACGAAUCAUCACUAGUGAAAAAGUUAUUGUUAGCUCUAUAAAUAAUAUCGGAGAAAUACUCGGAGUAAUACAAGUUUUUCUAUUUUGCGGUAUUGAAGAUUAUCCUCUUAUAAUUCCACAACAACUUCGUCCAGCUAUUAUGAACAUGCCAAUUAAUACAUGUGCUAUUUCAAAAACAAAAUCUACAAAAAAUUCCAAAACAAGAUUUAAAAAGCCUUUGCCUUCAACAUUAGUAACAGAUGUAAAAAAUCAAUCGACUCCUAAUCCAAAAUUUAUGCCGAAAUUUCCUAGUGACUCUGAAACUUCAGAUACAGAAUCAUCUUGUAAUACAAUACAAAUGGAAUCAAAAAUUCGAUUGGAAACUGCACAAUUACUUUACAAUAUUGUUUUAAAUUACUCAAGUCGUGAAUUAUUUGGUUAUUGGACUCAAAUUGUUGCCAGUGGAUCGCAAACUAAUGCUCGAGUAUUAACAAGACUUAUUUUAAAAGAUUCUUCAUACAAAGUGAGACAAAGGUCAUGGAUAAUAAUGUCCGAACUUCUUAGGGGAUCUAGAAAUAUUUUACAACAUGCUGAAGAUAUAGAACAUUCCUCGUUUAUAACAGUAUUCGCUCUUUUGAGUUCUGUGAUAAAAGAACUACAUUAUACUGUAUCAUUAUCUUUACAUGUAGAGUCAAACGUUGCAGUGUUAAUUCAUGCACUUAAAUGUGCAUCGGCUUUAGUAGAAAGUACACCAUAUCAUCGUUUAAAACCCGAACUUGCAUUGGAGUUAAUAAAAAAUUGCAGAGUUCUUACAAUUCACAAAGAUCCUGCUGUAAGGGUUGCUGCGCUUAGUGUAUUUGAGGAUUUGACUUUAUCGGAACCAAUCAUACCAGAAAUAAUAAACAGUUUUAAAUUACCACUUUACUUUGAUGAUUCUAGUACUUUGUCUUUGAAAAAUUAUGCAGCUUACCAUAAUAAUGACAAGAAUGAAAUACAUUUUAAAGCCUCAAGUAGCCAUGAUAAUGUAGAUGUAAACUGCGAAGGAGACAUAAAAACUAGUUGGAUAUUAAAAAUUUGUUUAGAAAAUAUUUCUGAUGAGGCGUCAAGUAUUCCUGUUCGACUUCAGUCUUUGAAAUUACUGAGUGCUCUUUCUAAUAAUGUUGGAAAGCUCAUAUUUCCACAUCUUAAAACAAUUGCAGAAAAACUAAUUGUAGCCGCGAAAAACACUGUACCUCAAAUAAUUCUUCAUAUAUUUCGUGUCAUAGAUGUUAUUACAGGACGGCUUGAGUCAAAUAAAGAAGUUGAUGAAAUUAUAUUAUUUUGGAAUAUUAUUUGCGGACCUGUAAUAAAUGGUUUACAACAUUCUGAAGCCAUUUUAAAAGAAGUGGCUUGCAACUGUUUAGGUAACAUUGGGUCGAAUGUUUUUAUUCAAUUGAAAAGAGAAGAAAGUUUAUUAAUAAUAACAUUAUUGUUUGGUGCAACUCGAGAUCAACAGAGUGCAGUUAGAGCUGCAAGUUUAAGAACUUUAGGACUUUUAGUAUCAUUACCUGCAUUAGAAGAAAGUAUUGGAUUUCUUAUGGAUCUUGCUGAUAUUACAUGCUUAUCCCUUCAAGAUGAAAACCUGGGAGUACGCAUAAAAUCUGCAUGGGCAUUAGCUAGUUUAUGUGACUGUUUUAUCAGAAUAGAGAAAAAUGCAGAAUUAGAAUCAUUACAAAUAAACAUUUUACUACCCAAAAUAUAUGAAACAAGUGUUAAGGCAGCAAAAGAUAGUGACAAAGUAAAAUGUAAUAUAACAAGGGUUAUCGGAAGUAUUUUGUAUUUGAGUUUUAAUUGUCAAGCAUUACGUGACACGUCGGAAGGUUUAGAAUCCCUAAUUGAGUGUGCAACUCUUAGUAAUGACCAAAAGGUUAAGUGGAAUGCAUGUCGUGCUCUAGGGCUGGUCAUGAGUCGACAACCAGAUUCUAUCCUUUCUAAUUCCUGGCAGGACAAGGUAUUUCCAACUUUGGGAAAGUUGAUACGUGAUAGUAUAAAUUUUAAAGUGCGUACAAAUGCUGCUUGGGCUAUUUCAGUUUGCAACUCAUAUGGAAAAUAUGUAGUGCCUUUGUGGAAAAGUAUCAUAUUAGCUCUAGAAAAUUCUCAACAUGUACCUAAUUAUAUUGAAUAUGCACACAGAGACGCCCUUGUUGAGCAGUUAUGCCUUACACUCAGUCAUCUUGCUGUUCAAACUCAAAUAACAGAUUUAUUGCCACUUUGGACGGAAAUCGGUGAUCAUUUGGAAGAUUUUACAGUUCACAUGAAACAAUUUCAGAAUCGUAUAUUACCUGAAAAUGCUGAUGAUAUCAUAAAUGCUCAAAUAACAUUUUCUAAAUAUAAACAAGAAUGUAGUACAAUUAAGGAAAGAGAAAUUGCAAAUACAUUAGAGAAAUUGUUUAUGUGUAACGCGCUGUAAAAGAAGAUACCUAAAAAGAAAAUGAUGAUUUUAGGAGUAUAAAAUAUGCAUCAAACUACAGGGAAAGAAGAUUAACUAUUUGCUAAAAAUAAAAAAUUGUCAACUUCUUCCAUCUUUGAUAAAAAUUGGUUGGUUUGUUAUUAUUUUUAUAUAUUAAAACAAUAUUAAAUUCUAAAUUAUUAUGUUAUAAAUAAAUGUCAAAAAUUAUUAUUGUGUUCUAACAUAAGUGCCAGUAAAUCAACUUAAUAAUAAAUAACUCAAUUUAACGUUAUCGCCACACGUAUUCUCGCAAUUGUAUGACUCCAAUAACUAGUAUUUUGUAUUAAAAGCGAUUUAUACCAUUUAAAUAAUAUCUAAUAAAAAAUAAUAUGAUUACAUUUAUUGUGAACAAGAAUUAAAUAAUAAAGACUUUUUUCGUUAA